AUGUCAUGUCUGAGCUGCUGCAUUACUCUAGUGCAAAUGUAUUUGUUAGCUUUAGUAAGCACUUCUUUGUUUAUGUUUGUUUGUGUCUGUGCUGCAAAGAAUGGUUCGAAUAGAGCAUCUAAAACGUCAAAGCCUCCUCUGGUGAGUUCUCAACCAAAGUCUCCAGGUUCGGUUAUGACCGCUCGCAACGAAAACAUGAAAGAGAAGACUUGUGUGACGAAGAACUAUGGCAAGAAUGUGGGAAGUAUCGAGUUGGCAAAAACCCAGGAGUGUGAUGAAAUUAUCGCACCAAGAACGCUGAAAAAAGUGAACUUGGAAGGAGCUAAAGAUACUUUCGACUUUCAGAAAAAGGCCGUUGAUGAUGGAAUUGUGCUUCACCCAUGUCACGUGAGACAUAUGGGCAACAUAGAUGACAUUGCUCAGAUACUUAGAUGGCCCGUCUUCACUGGACGUGCGGGCCCCAGCAUUUCUUCCACUCGUUUCGUUCCCUCGCCAUUGUCAUCCAAGAUGUUCUCAAAUUUCGUGAGUGACGUUGACGAGGUCCUUGAGCCGUAUCCAGCUGAGCUCUCAGCUGGUCCAUCCGUGUAG